AUGGUCACGCGCGCUGCUUCCGAUACAUCCGGUUUGGGGCUUCUGACUUGGCUGGGGCCGGUCAUUCCGCAGGGAGUACUCGUGACUGGAGUGAAGGCGGGUUGGCGCGCCGCCUGGCAGACGAUGAUGACGGAACUCGCGCCCCAGUCACGAGACGGCGAAUAUCAACGCCCGAAAUACGCCUUCGACGGCGCCAUCGCGGAGGACCCAAAGGCAAGAUUUCCCUCGGUGUCAGAGAGAUACGUGUUGUAUCUCGGGAAUGCCUGCCCUUGGUGCCACAGGGUGAGCCUCACGGUCGCGCUCAGAGGCCUCGAGGAUCGCGUUCGGAUUGUCAAGAUGACCGACGACGCUGAAAGAGCCAGUCGAGGCGGUUGGGUCUUUGAGAGCGACAGGCCCGACCCGGUGUUCGGCGCUCGAGACCUCCGAGAAGUGUACGAUUUGCAGAGCGGCAAGUCCUACACGUACGAGGGUCGCUGCACAGCCCCGCUGAUGGUGGACGCGGAGCGAAAGGUGGCCGUGAACAACGAGAGCGCGGACAUCGCGCGCAUGUUAAACGACGUGGAGUGGCUGGGCAGCGUGAACGGACCCAACAAGUCAUCCAGAUACGAUGAGGGCUCGGUCCAGCUGAGGCCACCCGAGCUCGCAAACGACAUAGACUCCCUCAACGACUGGCUGUAUACCAAGCUAAACAACGGCGUGUACAGGUGCGGGUUCAGCACCAACCAGGCGGCGCACAACCGAGCGGCGGUCGACGUCGCCGAGGCCCUCGAGGCACUGGAGAAGAGGCUCAGGGAGAGCCGGUUCAUGCACGGGGACAAGGUAACCGAGUCCGACGUGAGAGCCUUUCCGACGAUUGUUCGAUUCGACGCAGUCUACGCGACCCUGUUCAAGUGCUCUUCACGUCGCGUCGCGGACAUGCCGAACCUCCGCGCGUGGAUGCAGGACUUUUACCUGCUACCUGGUGUGCGCGAGACCGUCGACGUGGACGGAUAUCGAACGAGUUAUUUCGGUCAACUCUUCCCGUUGAAUCCGGGCGGGAUCGUGCCCGUCGGCCCGACGGCGAAGGACCUCGGGUUGGGCCUCGACCCGUCGCGAGGAAGCCGCGCGCACUCGGACCUCUUCCACUUCAAGUGA